AUGAAAAAGUUUAAGAAAUAUUUAUUCGCAGGCUUAUUCGCUAUAAUUUUACUUUUGAUUACAUUAAAUAUAUUCUACAACAGUGAAAUGUUUAAUAGAAAACCGUUUAAACCUGAACAAACUCCUUUAAACCUAGUAAAUUAUAACUUUAAAAAUUACGUUAAACCAACCGAAAGUAUAAAUCCAGUUAGAUUUAUAAUAACUUAUUUAACAUUACCAAUUGAUAACAACAUAGUGGAUAAACUUAAAAAGACAUUAACAUUGGAUAAAGACACCCACUCUAAAUUAUUAAAUAACAUUAAAGAUUAUACAGUUGAAGAAGUUUAUGAAUUAAUAACAUCAGGAGAAUUUAUUGAUAAUCCAAUUGUAGAAAAAUUAAUGAGAGUUGUUGUAAGAAACAGAGGAAAUCAAAGCAGAUGUUAUAAACUAGCUAAUUUCACUAAACACUUCCUAAAAGUAAUUUUAGACUACAUUUAUUAA